AUGGCCACUGAUGGCGCUGAGGAUGAGGAGAAUGUUGUCGAGACUUUUGAGGAUGAAGAGAUGGCCUCCGAGAGUGUCGAGGAUGAAAUGCCUGUUGUCGAGACUGAUGACUCUGAUGCAUAUGUGGAUAUGCAGAGCGAUGAUGAUAAGAGCGGGACAACACACGACGAGGCUGAUGAUGAGGAGAAUUCCAACUGCCCGUCGGAUAAUGAGGUGGAUUCUGAAGGAUUGGUACAGGGUGAGCUGGACGAUGGGGGCCACACGACCUACGCCGGCAUCUCAAAAACCAGCACUGCCUUAAUGCCGGACGCUGUUGGAGUUGCUCAAAGUUACCUUGGAAAAUCCAGCACAUCGACGGCAUUUCAAGACACACCACCUGCCCGGUCCCCUCAUGCCGCCAAAAGUUUGACAGCGAAGCGUCGAUCUAUGGUCAUCACAUACACAUUUGGUUACGUCCAUUUGGAGGCGAGCGCGGACAACGAUGGCGGAUCAAGCGAUGACGAGUAG